AUGUCACCAUUCCUCAAGCAUCUGCACAAAACGGCUGGGUUGCAAGGAGAUCAGCCCGCUAGACCGGACGAUAUUGUCACCGAGCCGACGAUUGACGAUGGUUCCGGAGAGCUACCCAGACAAAAGGAGACCGGAUUUAGCGACAUCUUCAAAGGCAAGAAUGGAACGAAGUUCAAAUAUUCCGAUAUUCCUGAUCUGUCCCAAAUCGAGAAAUCCGAAGAAGAAUCCCAUCAAGAAUCACACCAGGAGGAACUUUCAGGAGAUACUCCCCUUGAACCAAAUUUAUUUGAUAUGGAUUCGUUUGAAGCUCGUUUUAUGAAAACAAACUCAGUGAGACUCUCCACAGAAGAGGCAUCACUGACAACUGAUACUGUUUCGAAUGACACCACAACGGCUCUUCUUCCGGAAAAGGAAGCUCAGAUUGACGAUCUUAUACCAAUCAAAGAAAGUAAAAUAGCGACUCAGCUGACAACAAAAGCCGUUGACACAGGCACUGAAGGCAGCGCAACGGCUACUCUUGGGGUCGAGGAAUAUACAGAAACAAUAACAGAAAUGCCAGUCCAGCCAAAUGUUGCUGAGAGCGACGUAAAGGAGAUCACCACAGGAGUCGACACACAAAGCUCAUUAAAUCCUCUUAAUAGUACACUAAUAGUCCCGCAGAUUUCUGAAAUGGUGACUAAAUCUCUUGUUGAUACUUUCAAUGAAUUAAAUGAACCAAUCAGGUCGUCUGCAGUUGUAGCGAACAUAAGCGAAAUAGCUGAUACGACAUCAUCUGAGAUGACCACUGUCGAACUAUCUACAGUCUUUGCGCCUACUAAUGGCGUACCUACGGCUUCUGAAUCAACCACCGUCGAACGUUCUUCGGUCUCCGAAUCUAUCACCGCCGAACAUUCUUCGGUCUCCGAAUCAACCACCGUCGAACGUUCUUCGGUCUCCGAAUCUAUCACUGUCGAACCUUCUUCGGUCUCCGAAUCUACCACCGCCGAACAUUCUUCAGUCUCCGAAUCUACCACCGCCGAACCUUCUUCGGUCUCCGAAUCUAUCACCGCCGAACCUUCUUCGGUCUCCGAAUCUACCACCGUCGGACCUUCUUCGGUCUCCGAAUCUAUCACCGUCAGACCUUCUUCGGUCUCCGAAUCUAUCACCGUCGAACCUUCUUCGGUCUCCGAAUCUACCACCGUUGGGUCUUCUUCGUCAUCCGAAUCUGCCACCGUCAUACAUUCUUCGGUUUCCGAAUCUACCACCGUGUCGACUUCGUCGGUCUCUGCGUCAUCCACCGAUGCUCCCGUAGAUUUAACGACAAGCAUUACCGAACCUGAAGUCUCUACAACAACAGAGUUACCAGUGAUAAGCUCAGUAGUUGUUCCUGAAUCCAAAGAAAAAGCCGAUUCUGGACUUUAUGCCAACGAGAUAACAAAAGUUGCUACUUCCACCGCGUUCACUGAGAGCGAUGUUGAUACUACGACGUCUACACCAGUUUCUACUGCUGAUACAACCACGGACUCAGUACCAGUCUCUAGUACCACAGUACUUAUUAAGAAAAUUAUAGUCACAUCAGGAGUUACAAUAGACAAAGAUUCGGUUCUCAGGAAUAAAACACUUUCUGAAAUAAUCCCCCUAGCAAGGGCUAAUGAACAUCUGCAGACCAUAGCAGCAAGAGCGGAAGAAGAGUCGACAUUAAAAGAUGUUGAUGUGAUUUCGUCUGCCGGAGAUUCUGUUGUUCCCAUAGAUCUUACCACGCCUGAACAGACCUACCCCUGGAUAAAUGGCUCCGGGUUACUGCAGGAACCAGCCGUGGAUAAUUCCCAAUCUGAAGACAACAAACAUGUGGAUGUUGCUAUUGCAGCCGUCAUCACUGGAAUUGGUCUCAUUGUUUUGGCAGUCAUCGCUGUCCGUUACUGUGUGAAGAAACGGAGCUUCAAAGAUAUGCGGGUUAGUAGUGGCUGUCUAUCGCAGUCGUUAUCAACGCUUGCAAACCAAGGAAGUCGCCUGUAUGCGGCCACUAGCCGAAGGGCCACGCCCGGUCCUGCUGGGAUAGCCAUAUAUCGGCCAACCCCUACCAUCAAUUCAGAGUGGGCAUAA